UGCUGCACUUCGCCGCCAGGGGGCAUCGGCCAGGAAGUGAGGGGUGACUCCGCAGACAACAACAUCCGGUAUGAGGAUGUUUGGGUUUAGGACGUUUUCUCGCGUGUGCUGAAAAAAGUUGAGCAGUAGGUGACAGUCUGACUGCACACAGACACAUCUGACGUUCUGCUUUAGUUCUCGGUGAAGUCAUGAUGGCGAAUCCAGUGAGUGUUCAGACCCUCAGUAAGACAUGGGAACUGAGUUUGUACGAGCUCCACCGAACGCCACAGGAGGCGAUCAUGGACAGCACGGAGAUCGCCGUGUCUCCCAGAAGCCUCCACAGUGAGCUGAUGUGUCCCAUCUGUCUGGACAUGCUGAAGAACACCAUGACCACCAAAGAGUGUCUGCAUCGCUUCUGCUCCGAGUGCAUCGUCACCGCGCUUCGAUCGGGAAAUAAAGAGUGUCCGACCUGCAGGAAGAAGCUCGUGUCCAAGCGCUCUCUCCGCGCCGACCCCAAUUUCGACGCCCUGAUCUCCAAGAUGUACCCGAGCCGCGACGAGUACGAGGCCCAUCAGGACAAGGUCCUGGAGCAGCUCAGCCGCCUGCACAACCAAGAGGCUCUGAGCAGCAGCAUCGAGCAGGGGCUGCGCAUGCAGGCCAGACACAGAGCUCAGCGUGUGCGCAAGCUGCAUCCGGAGAGCGAGAACGCUACGCUCAGCGGCGGCGAGGACAACGGGGACGCUCGCUCGCACGUGUCGCACGACUCCGGCCCUCCGCACCACGCGGCCUCCGCCCCGGCGAGCUGCGCCGCAGAGGCCGGCCCCAGCCGCGGGAAAAGAGCGCACGCGUCCGACGACUCCGGACCCGAGGCUCCCGGAGACGGUCGCUCCCCUCCUCGACAGCGGCCGGGACGCGGCCCCAGCUCAGAAAUCGAACUUAUAUUUUGCCCGCAUCCCCUGCUGGUCGGCAACCAACAGUACAGCCAGACACGAUACGUCAAAACAACAGCCAACGCCACCGUGGACCACCUGUCCAAAUACCUGGCCCUGCGCGUGGCUCUGGAGGACGGUCCGAGCGGGGCGCAGGCGGGCAGGAGCGCGGAGGGAGAGCCGGGAGCUCUGCGGGAUGUCAGCGAGAAACAGUUCACCAUCUACAUCAGCACGGCGGCGGGACAGUUCACCACGCUGAACGGCUCUUUGACUCUGGAGCUGGUGAACGAGAAGUUCUGGAAGCUCUGCAAGCCACUGGAGCUCUAUUACGCUCCUACGCAAGACCAGAAUCCGACGCCUCAACUGGGACAGGCGGACGAAAGCCAAGGGAAAUCAUCUCUAACCUAAAGGAGAGUGACGGGCUCUUCCUCCUGCUCUCCUGAGGUCGUCCUCCUGCACGGAAGCGGCCGGUCGUCAUCACUGAAGGACUGCAGAGGUCAGCGCUGCUCAUCCGGUCGCUCUGAUGUACGGUCGCCCCUACGGUAAACCAUUAACUGUACGUCUGUGGAAACUAAGACACUCCCAGUUCCCACACUUGCGUUCAAUCAGAGCACGUGUAUGUGACAGGAAGUGAGUGCACAAGACCGUCCGGGGUCUGAAUAAUGCCUUGAGGCACACUCUCCCUAAUGCUGCACUGGUGUAAGUGUAUGUGCCCCAACUGUGCCCCGACAUCACUGAGAGAAAUGCUCCAGUCUACCUUUAAUUAAUCAUUAUGAUACAAUAGUAAAAUGCAACACACCACACAUUUUAUUGGCACAGAGAUGAGCGUGUAUAUUUUGUAAAACAAUUGCAACUGCUUUUUAUCACUAUUAAAUAGCACCACUAUUACAUUUUGUUGUCUGUUACUUAUGGACUACUCGACAGACAUGUCUAAGCUUAUUUUAAUGUGUAAAUGUGUAAAUAAAGCUGAUUGUUGUAAAUGUGUCCCAUCAGGUCAGUAGUUCAUGUAAAUAGAUGAGUGGUCCGUGUGCACUGCGCCUGUGGGUUUUGGGACAGGCCCUAAAUUCAGCAAGUCCUCUGAAGCCGUUGUGGGCAUGUCAUCAAAUCUGAGCUUAUACUAGUGAAUAUAACAUUUUAGGAGGAGAGGAGUGAAGAACGCUCCCACUGGCCUGAGUCUCUAUGGAAAGAUCUAUGGAUUCGCAGUAGCAACCAUGCUUUUGCGUUGUUUUCGUUCAUUUAUAAUAAUUUCAUUUAAUGAUUUAUAAGCUUGUUUUCACCAUCACUUUGCCUCUUGGGCCGACAGAAGACGUGCUUUUGACUGGUUUUGGAUACCAGACAAACAGCUAACCAGAGAUGACGGAUCACAAUAGACAAACUAAUUUAAUAUGGUUUGUUUUGAAUGGAAGUGACUGCAAUAAUAAGAUCAUCAUAAUCAUGAUUAUUAUCUUAAUCUGUUGACAACCUCAAUAACAAGGUCAGAACUUUUUUUUUUUUUUU